AUGGAGUGUGAACUAUUUAAUGUGGAAGACAUGGAGGAGCCGGUCAUUUUCACACCAAAGCCAUUGAAUAUAACAAUAGACCGAAGCACAGCUCAUAAUGAGCCGAUCGGCCUACUGGUCCUAUUUCACGGCAUCCCUUCUCAUAGAUGGUCGCAAUUGCUUUUGACUGUCCUAUUGCUCGGCAUUUGUAUUUCAUCGGUGUUUAGGACCGAAGCACAGCUCAUAAUGAGCCGAUCGGCCUACUGGUCCUAUUUCACGGCAUCCCUUCUCAUAGAUUUCCUCAUCUAUCAGUCCCUAAAAGCCGUCAAUAAGAAAGUGAAUAAUAACGACGCCUUCACCUGUUGUCUCAUCUCAUUGUUGGUGUCAUUCAUUAUAGAAGUACUACUGAUGUCACAACUGUUUUUGAAGAUAGAUCUGAAGAUGUUUGCCAAUCGUAUAGCAGUGGUGACGGGCGGGGGUUCAGGCAUUGGGAGGGCUGUGGCCAGCCUUCUGGCCAAAGAGAGUGCAUGUCUGGUGGUGGCCGACCAGAACAUCUCUGGAGCCAAACAGACCAUUGAGUUGAUUGAGAAGAGCGGUCAGAGUUCAGGAAAGCACAUCCCAGUGGAAGUGGAUGUCUCGCAAAAGGAGUCAUUGAAACGAUUGUUUCAAUCAGUCACUGAUAACUACGACAACAGAGUGGCCACUCUUCUGGUGAACUGCGCCGGCAUUACGAGAGAUAAGAUGGUUGUGGACAUGACUGAAGAGGAGUUCGACAAAGUGUUGGCCGUCAACCUGAAGGGCACAUUCCUGGCCACUCAACUCUUUUGCCAACAAAUGAUCGAAAGGAAGCAAACGGACGGAUCGGUUGUGAACGUGUCGAGUGUGAGCGCGAAGUUGGGAAACAUCGGUCAAUGCAAUUACAACGCUUCCAAAGCUGGUGUCGAGGCCUUCACCCGCACCGUCGCCCGAGAAGUGGCUAAACAUCAGAUCCGUUGCAAUGCAGUUAUGCCCGGAUUUAUCGACACUCCGAUCGUCGAAACUGUUCCUCAAAAAAGUUUGUAUUUCAUGGACUCAAUCAAUAUUCUUGUGACCAAUGAUUUGACUGAUAACUACGACAACAGAGUGGCCACUCUUCUGGUGAACUGCGCCGGCAUUACGAGAGAUAAGUUGGUGGUGGACAUGACUGAAGAGGAGUUCGACAAAGUGUUGGCCGUCAACCUGAAGGGCACAUUCCUGGCCACUCAACUCUUUUGCCAACAAAUGAUCGAAAGGAAGCAAACGGACGGAUCAGUUGUGAACGUGUCGAGUGUGAGCGCGAAGUUAGGAAACAUCGGUCAAUGCAAUUACAACGCUUCCAAAGCUGGUGUCGAGGCCUUCACCCGCACUGUCGCCCGAGAAGUGGCUAAACACUUAGUUAUAAGAACACUGGUUACUAACAAACCUUAUCAUUUGGAUCAACUCGUGGCUCAAAUACCACUGCGAAGACAGGGAAAGGCUGAAGAAGUGGCCGAAGCCAUCGCUUUCUUAUUAUCUCCUAAAAGCUCUUACAUAACGGGAACUGUUCUGCAAGUGUCGGGAGGGCUCGCUCUUUGA